AUGUAUUCCCUAGCCGCCGUUGCGGCUCUUGCAACUCUCGUCACUACCACCAUCGCCGGAGUCCCAGAACAAGUUCCAGGCUUCACCUACCCCCCCAAAUGGUCUGACGACUUCAGCGGCAAGUCAGUUGACACUGACCUCUGGAAGUUUUGGACCGGGCAGCCCUCCAACGGCGAGCAAGAAGUCUACCCCAGCUCCGGCGCCAACUGCCAAGUAACAGCCGGCACCCUGCAAAUCACCCCCCAAAACAACGGCGGGCAAUGGACCUCCUGCCGUCUGGAAUCCCUCGAUGCCUUCAACGCCACAGCCGGCAAGAAAUUGCGCGUACAAGCAAAGCUCAAAGUCGGGCAGCCAGUGACUCCAGCCGCUCAAAUGCAGGGCAUAUGGCCCGCUUUCUGGUCUUUGGGAGAAGGGAUGAGGAAGACGCCCGGUGUCCCGUGGCCGGCAUGCGGCGAAAUCGACACCUUUGAGAGUGUCAACGGUGCUGCCAUGGGCUUUGGAACGGUGCAUUGUGGAGGUCCGUGCAACGACCCGGGUCCGGGCCUUACUUCGGGGAUUGAAUUUGAUUAUGCGAGUUAUCAUACUUGGGCGCAUGUUGUUGAUUUGACUAGUGCGGAUUGGAGGGCGCAGAGUAUUGCGUUUUUGUUGGAUGGGAGGGAGUAUAGGACGGUGAUAGGGAGUGAUGUGGGGAGCCAGGAUAUCUGGACAACGCUUGUGGGACCCAUGUUUAUGACGCUUAAUGUUGCGGUUGGGGGUAAGUGGCCGGGUGGUGCGUCUGCAAGUACGGUUAGUGGGGCGCCGGCGGGGAUGGAGGUGCAGUAUGUGGCUGUUUAUGAGAGCUAG